AAUUAGAUUACUGAGGGUUGGCUUUUCCAACCUCUUGGUAAACUAACUAGUAGUUAAAUUAUAUAUCUAUCUUUGUUUAAUUCGCGGGAAAAGCAAAGACAUAUAUAUGAUUCAACUAUUAGUUAAUUUACCGAAAGAUUGGAACAACCGGCCCUUAAACAAAUAAAUCUUGAAUCCGCCGUCGCACGCAACUAUUUUUAAUAUAAUAACGAUAGCAAUAAAAACAUCUGUUAAAUUAUCUAUUGCACAAUCAGCAAUGUAAUUUAUUAUAUUAUUUGAUCCAUAGGGUGUCGCAGAAUUUGAGUAAUGAUCUUACGACUCUUCAAAUUUCAGUAUUCGAAGAUUUUAUUGAUUGAGAUGAUUAAAAAUUUUUUUUUCAAACAAACAAUUAUUCAAGUUGGCCGUGGCAGAUCCUUUAUUUUGAACUGCUCAAAAAUGAUAAAAAUUGCAUGACAUUUAAAAAAAUGUCAAGAAACUGUGCGUGUGUCUUUCUAUUAGAUUUUAAACGCUUUGUUUAAUCUCACGUCUCUGUGAAUGCAUAUUUGUUUCCAAAGCAUUGAUAAUUACACAGUUCUGCGUUUUUAUUUGAUGCUACUGCACUCGAUAGACAUUCAGAGGAGGAGCUUAUCACGACGUGUCCGCCGGCCACGACUUCCCUGAACCAAUAAAAUCCCAGCCAGCGUAGAAUGCCAGAAGCUGUUAAAUAUCACAGAAGCUGCUGAUAAGAAUAUUACUGAAACAUUACGCGAGAGAGAGGAGAGGUCUUGAAUUUUACAAUCCACGAAGGUCAUAAUUUCUUUCAUUUGAGAACAGGAGGACUUCUCUCAAGCCGGUGUCAGACCCCGAGACCCCAGUAGAGGGUUUUUUCCCCUCUAGAUUUUUCAAUCGCGAUUGUUAGGCAUCCCCCUAGGCUCUUUGGCCGAGCGGUUGACGACGAAUGCGUGCCACGUGAUGUAGCGAGAACGGCACGACGCUCAAUGGGAGCUCAGUGUCCGCGCAGACGUCGUCGAGGCCAGUCGUCUUCCCCGCUUUUCCGUUCCCUGCCUGCGUGUGUAUAUACGUGCGAGCUUGUGCGUGAUGAAUUUGUGAGCAGGAGCAAGGUGAAAAAUCCGGUUACGUAGGAAAGAUACAAUCGACGAAAUCAUUUGGUUCCUGGAUCGACCAACUGAUCGUUCGCGUUUCAGAGUGGACCUCGUCACUAAUUCGUCACCUCGUCACGCGCACACAUUUUUUUCACCGUAUAAUAAAACAGACAGGACUGCAAAGAGACCAUUUUCUACUAGCGGAGGAAAAGAAAAGACUCAGUAGAUUCACGAACAUCUUGAAAGCUGCAAGCAGGCACUCGAAGAUAAAUCUCAAGAAACGACAGAUGUUCACAUGAGUAUCGAUGACUGAUACCUUACUCCACUUUCGAGAGGGUUUCACUGAGAAUUCGCGAUAAGAUUGGCAUCGAUCGAUCCGUGGGACGUGACGAUAUUUGCAAACGGCUGAUACAACUAGAUGUGAAGUGUCAAUUUCAAUCUGAUUACGAUCGCGCGAAGAGAUCAGCCAAUUGUACCGAGUGGCUAACAAUAUAUGCGUAUUAAAGAUAUUGUUGACAAAUUGUGACAAUCGAAGAAAGAGCACUACCACAAUAGACUGUUAAGAUUCUUUUGUCUUCGCGUUCGCGAAAAAGGGGCGAUUAUUAAACGCCGAACGAAAGUGUCUACGUGUGUUGCAUAAUCUCCGUAAAUCCGAUUAAUUAAGCGAUCGCCUUUAACCGUGCAAGUGGCAGUUCGUGGCGAGUUAAUGCCGCGUGCAAGGACCGAUGGAUUCAUCGAAAGUCAGGUCGAACCCGAAUCCGCGGGAGAAGGCGAACAUCGUGUCGGUGUUGCUUUGGUGGUGGACCAUUAGUUUAUUCAAGACUGGCUACAAAAAAGCUUUAGAAGUAGACGACUUGUUUGACCCCUUGAAAGUCGACCGAUCGAAGUCACUCGGAGAUCGAUUAGAAAAACGAUGGAACAUCGAGCUGGAAAACUCGAAAAAAUGGAAACGCAGUCCGAGUUUGUUGAGGGCUAUUUUCCGCACGUUCCUAUUGGAGUACUCUAUGCUGGGAUUAGUACAGAUUUUUAACGAGUUCGUGAUAAGAUUAGGUACACCUUUGCUGCUGGGUGGCCUCCUACGCUACUUCCGGAAGGGUUCGGAUGAAACGUACGAGUCUGCCGUAUGGUUUGCCGUUGGUAUCUGCAUAGCUACUGGCUUGUAUGUGAUAAGCGGCAAUCAAACGAUCUUCGGCGCUUUCCACGUGGGCGCCAAAGUUCGCGUGUCCGUCUGCUCUCUAGUAUACAGAAAGGCUCUGCGCCUGAGCAAAACUGCACUGGGCGAGACAGCACCCGGAAAAGUAGUUAAUCUAGUAGCCAACGAUGUCAGUAGGUUUGAUCUCGUGACUAUCUUUAUUCAUCACAUGUGGUCGGCGCCACUGUCCGCCCUGAUCGUCGCUUAUAUUCUCUACCAAGAGGUCGGCUAUCCCGGUCUUAUCGGCAUCGCCGCCAUCUUUGUGGUCGUGCCGCUUCAAUCUUAUACCGGCAAGCUGUCGUCCAAGUUUCGUCUUCAAACCGCUAUUAAGACGGACGAGCGGGUCCGGCUGAUGGAUGAAAUUAUUUCCGGGGUGCAGGUGAUCAAGAUGUACGCGUGGGAGAAGCCGUUCUGCGCCAUGGUCGAGCUGGCGCGUAAGCUCGAGUUACGAGUAGUCACCAAGAGCUCCUACAUCCGUGGUAUUUAUAUGACCUUCAAUCUGUUCACCACUCGGAUGGGGCUGUUCUGCACCCUCGUAUCCAUGCUGGUGUUCGGCAACGAGCUGACCGCCGCCAAGAUCUUCGUCGUCUCGUCCUACUUCAACAUCCUCGCGCACACCAUGACCGGCAUGUUCGUGCGCGGCUUCGCCGAGUUGGCCGAGUGUAUGGUGGCUAUACGCAGGCUCCAGACUUUCCUCAUUUACAACGAGUUCCAGGGCAGUAACGUCAUUUUCUCCAGAGCGUCCUCCGGCAACAAUUCGGAUUUCAAGCAGGCCCCCAAACAGGAUCUGCCCUACAUUGAUGACGAUGUCGUGGAGAAUCAGUUGGGGUCACAUGGAGAGGAUAGCGAGCAUAGAAAACAAAACGGUCUGUUGAUCGUUGCCAGCGACUUGUUGAAGAACACUGCUAAUUUUGUUGGAGAAAAUAAACAAUCCAUGUACGAUACGAACAACUGGGCGAUCAAUAUGAUUAACGUUAAUGCUAAAUGGGAGGAAAGACAAUCGGAGAACACUCUGGAGAAUCUGAAUUUGGAGAUCGAAAAGGGCAAGCUGUACGCGGUGAUCGGCAUGGUGGGCAGUGGCAAGAGUACUUUCCUGUCCGCGAUUCUGGGCGAGAUCAGUCUGACGGGAGGUCAAGUAAAGGUGAACGGCGACAUCAGCUAUGCCAGCCAGGAGGCCUGGGUCUUCGGUGCCACCGUCCGACAGAAUAUACUCUUCGGGCAAACUUACGAACGCCAACGGUACCAGAAGGUGGUCAAAGCUUGCGCCCUGGUACGGGACUUCAAGCAAUUUCCGCAGGGAGAUCAGACCAUUGUGGGUGAACGGGGCAGCUCAUUAUCUGGCGGUCAGAAGGCAAGGAUCAACUUGGCCAGAGCUCUAUACAGGCAGUCGGACAUCUACUUGAUGGACGAUCCUUUGAGUGCGGUCGACGCCCAUGUCAGCAAACAUCUGUUUCAAGAAUGUAUGCAAAAAUACCUGGCUGGUAAAACGAGAAUUUUAGCGACGCAUCAGCUACAGUAUAUAAAAGGAGUGGACGCUAUUAUACUGCUUGAACAGGGAAAAAUGCAGUACUUCUCGCAUUAUCAGGACUUAUUGGAAUAUCGACCCGAAUACGGAGUACUCCUGGCAACGGAGAAUGAAGUAGUCGACGACUCGUCCUUAGAAAGUAGUAUAAACUUACGACGACAGUUUUCCUCCACAAGUAACAGAAGUCGCACUCCGGAAGCGAGUAGCGGCGGUACAGACGACGAAGAGGAAGACGAAGAUUCCGAGAAGUUGAACGACGGUCUCGAGGGGACGUCGCGCGGCAUGGUUAAGGGUCCUAUAUUUAUUAAGUUUUUCAAGAUGGGUGCCAAUUUAUACAUGGCUUUUACCGUUCUUCUUCUGUUCAUCAUCACGCAAUUCAUCGUCAGUCUCAACGACCUCUUUGUGCCUUUCUUAAUCAAUUUUGUGGAAGCGCAAGACUACGAAUUCACCCAAGUCAACUUGAAUCAAACGGAUGACUCUUACACGAAUACAACGGGAUUACAUCAAUAUCUUGCCAUGGAGGAUGCAAGGGUGAUUCAUUAUGUCUAUAUCUACGCCGGUAUCGUGCUGGCAAUCUUCUUCGUCGGCAUCACCAGAUCGCUUGUUUUCUAUAAGACGUGCAUGACGUGCAGCCAGCGCCUGCACGAUAUGAUGUUCAGUGCGCUUAUUCGUACAGGAAUGCGAUUCUUCGACACUAAUGCGAGCGGCAGGAUCCUCAAUCGAUUCUCCAAAGACAUGGGCGCGAUAGAUGAACUAUUACCCAAGGCGAUGCUGGACGCCGGCCAGAUGAACAUGAUGAUGUUGGGAUCAUUGACAGUGACCUGCGUGGUCAAUCCCAUCUUUCUGGCGCCUAUCGUGGUCAUUGGAGGAAUAUUCUAUUGGAUCCGUAGGAUCUACCUCAAGACUAGCAAGAACAUCAAACGAUUGGAGGGAAUAUCUCGCUCGCCGGUAUUCACGCACUUGAACGCCACGUUGAACGGUUUGACGACUAUCAGAGCGUACUGCGCUCAGGAUAUACUCAAACAUGAAUUCGACAAACUGCAAGAUGUACACACGUCUACCGUUUACAUGUAUAUCGUGACCAGCACUGCAUUUGGAUUUUUCUUGGACAUGUUCUGCUUCCUCUUUACCUCACUUGUCACCUUCAGCUUUUUGCUACUCAAACAAUCAUUUACUGGCGGCGAGGUCGGUUUGGCCAUCACUCAGGUAAUGGCAAUGACCGGGAUAAUUCAGUGGGGGAUGCGACAGAGUGCGGAGGUGGCAAACCAGAUGAUGGCAGUGGAACGUGUACUCGAAUACGUUCAGCUGCCGGAAGAACCAAAUCUGAGAGAUCGGGGGGCAUACGUGAAGAAAAAAGACAAAAAUGCAGCACUACCGUGCAACGCCCCCAAAGACUGGCCUGACCAAGGCUGUAUUACAUUCAAGGAAGUUAAUAUGCGCUACGCGGCCGAGGAUGCACUUGUUCUCAGGGACUUGAAUAUAAUAAUUCAUCCUGGGGAGAAGGUUGGUAUCGUGGGAAGAACAGGCGCCGGUAAAUCGUCGCUGAUAUCAGCAUUGUUCCGAUUGGCAAAAGUUGAGGGAACCAUCCUGAUUGACAACGCGGACACGGGUUUGAUGGCUUUGGAGGACUUACGACGCAAAAUAUCCAUCAUUCCCCAGGAUCCCGUUUUGUUCUCAGGUACUCUGAGACGUAAUUUAGAUCCUUUCAACGAGUUUCCCGACACGGAUUUGUGGGAGGCGCUUGAAGAGGUUGAGCUGAAGGAGGCGGUCAUUACUCUCGGAAACGGUUUGGAAAGCCGUGUAUUUGACAGAGGCAGCAAUUACAGCGUUGGACAGAGACAGUUGGUGUGUUUAGCGAGAGCCAUCCUGAGGAACAACCGCAUAUUGAUGCUGGACGAGGCGACCGCGAACGUAGAUCCGCAUACCGACGCAUUGAUUCAACGGACUAUCAGGAAGAAAUUCGCAACGUGCACGAUGCUCACAGUGGCGCAUCGACUGAACACCAUAAUGGACAGCGACAAGGUUCUGGUGAUGGAUAAGGGUCGUAUGGCUGAAUACGAUCAUCCUCAUAUAUUACUGAAAAACAGCUAUAGUCAAUUUACUUCGUUAGUAAAAGAGACCGGACCAGGCAUGUACGAUCAACUGGCCAAGGUGGCGAGGCAGGCCUAUUUCAACAAGUACGGAGAAACGUAACAGGAAGAAAAGAUGAAUUUUACACCAGUGUCUCGUUAGUUAGAUUUCUCGAAGUAAAAACGUAAAUAUGCUCAGAUACUUACGGUGUAGAAAAAGAUAUAUGGACAUAUGUGCAUAAUAGCACAUGCAGAUGAAAGUAACAUUUCUAGAAGAUCAACACCAUAUUGUCUUUCUUCGAGACAUUAUGGACACGACACUUCCGUCAAGUAUCAUAACAUUGUGAUUUAAAAGUAAUUUGAAGCGCAACACGCAUCUAAGGAAUCAUAUUUUGGUAUCAAUUUUAAUGAGAACGUCGUCGCGAGAUCAUUUUUGACGACCUCGCCAUAAGAUUUUGUAAAAAGUUUCUGUCACGCGUCGAACCUUACGAUACUGCUAUAUUUUUCUACUAAAUACUUUUGCAUAUUACAGAAAUUACAAAUACUUAAUUCUUGUGAUAAAGCGAAAACAUAUAUUGAUAAUGAACCAAAGUACUGAGAUAAGGUGUAAUUUAUCGCAAACUUGUAGUUAUUAUAAAUCGAAGUUGUACCUAA